AUGGAUAUCAUUGGUAUAGUUACACGUUUACCAUCACUUGUUUUUGGCGCAUCACGUUGUGAUGAUAGUUUUGCAGAUCGUCUUUCCUAUAAAUAUACCGUUUUAAUGCUUGUUCUUUUUGCUAUUAUUGUAACGAAUAAACAAUUCGGUACGAAACAUAUACAAUGUUGGGUACCGGCUCAAUUUACGAAAAAUUAUGAGGAAUAUGUUAAUGAUAUAUGUUGGGUAUCGAAUACAUAUUAUAUUCCUCUUAACGAAAAAGUUCCAAAAAUUGAACGAGAAAGACGUCAAAAUGAACUACGGUAUUAUCAAUGGAUACCAUUUAUAUUACUUCUUCAAGCAUUUUGUUUUUAUUUUCCACAUAUUGUUUGGCGUUCAUUAUCACGUCGUAGUGGUAUUGAUGUACGCGAUAUUGUUGAUGCUGCUAUUAAUUAUAAAUCAGUUGAUACCGCAACAAAAGAUGAUAAACAUAAAAAUGAAUUAAUGGAUUAUAUUGUUGAAGCUAUUGAUAAAUAUGUUGAUGAUCCAAGACGACAACCUGAUGAACGUGGAAAACGUAUUAGUUUAAAACGUAUAUUUCUAACAAUAUGCAUAUUUAUGGGCAAAUAUUUGGGUAAUUAUUUAAUUAUUGUUUAUUUUACAACGAAAGCACUUUUUAUUACAAAUGCUGUUUGUCAAAUAUUUUUAUUAAAUUUAUUUUUGGGACAAAAAUUUCAUUUAUUUGGUAUACAAGUACUUAAUAGAAUUCUUGAAGGACGAGGUUGGGAUACACAAUCACCAUAUUUUCCGAAAGUAACAUUAUGCGAUUUUCAAAUUCGAGAAGCACUUCAUCCACGAGAUUCACAUCGUUAUACAGUACAAUGCGUUCUUCCUCUCAAUUUAUUUUCUCAACAAAUAAAAGCACUUCAAAUAGUAUGA